AUGGAGAGGACUUGCACCCCCAAGUAUGCCUCUGAAAAACCGAAGAAGCCCACACACGUGACAGUGAACUGCUGGUUCUGCAAUCAGGACACGGUAGUGCCAUAUGGGAAUCGCAACUGCUGGGACUGCCCCAACUGUGAGCAGUACAAUGGGUUCCAAGAGAAUGGAGACUACAACAAGCCCAUCCCUGCUCAGUACAUGGAACACCUUAACCACGUUGUGUCAGGUGGUACGACUUUCUGUGAUCCUACCAAACCGCAACAGUGGGUAAGCAGCCAAAUUCUGCUUUGCAAGAAAUGCAACAACCAUCAAACCACGAAGAUCAGACAGCUGGCUUCAUUCUCACCAAGGGAGGAGGGCAAAUACGAUGAAGAGAUUGAGGUGUAUAAGCACCAUCUGGAGCAGACCUACAAGCUGUGCCGUCCAUGCCAGGCUGCUGUGGAGUAUUACAUAAAACAUCAGAAUCGGCAGCUCCGGGCGCUGCUGCUCAGCCACCAUUUCAAACGCCGUGAGACAGACAAGACCUAUACUCAGAAUUUAUGUUCAUCUUCCUCUUCUGCUUCCAUAACCACACCAGCUCAGGUGAUAUUUCUGCGGUUCUUGGCCUUCCUCAGCUGUGCGUUCCUGGUUCUGAUGGCCUUGUAUGGGUCAGGCGACCCCUUCUCACUCAGUGCAGCAGUCCCUGCUCCUGUCUCCUCUGGUCCAGUGUCCAUUCGGAACAGGACUGACACAAGCUCACAUGCAGACUUGGAAAAUGACACUUCCGUGACGGUGGCAGGCUGGCGGGAGCUGCUCCACCUGCUCCCAGAACAGAUGGUGGAGAACCUGAGUGCCGCCUGGGCUUACGGGAAGAAUCACCAGAUGGCAGUUGCUGUCCUUGGGCUGUUCACCUGCCUGUUGGCCAUGUUCUUAGCUGGGCGGAUCAGGCUCCGGAGAAUUGAUGCGUUUGCUUCAGUCUUGUGGUUCGUAGUGAUGAGUCUGCAUUUAGCUGAGAGGUACCUGAAGACGGAAACACCCAACUGGCUAGACACAGCCAAAUUUGGCACCACGUCCUUGUGCUGCUUGGUGGGCUUCACCGCAGCAGUGGCUACGCGGAAAUCAACGGGCCAUCGGAAAUACCGGCCCCGAAGGUACCUUUCUGGGGAUUCGAUUACUCUCUUUCCCAGCGGCACUGGGACUGGUUUCCCUUCCUCUGCUACGUCUCUCUUUGUCCCAACACCACCCAGUAUUCUCCAGCUGACAAACCAACAGCUCUUCAGAUCCCCACGCAGAACUUCUUCUUCCUCUCUUCCUGGUCGUCUCAACAGGGCACUCUCGCUGGGUACCAUCCCCUCCUUGGCCAGAGCAGAUUCUGGCUACUUGUUCAGCGGAAGUCGACCAGCCUCACAGUCAUCUCAGUCCAAGGAAUCUCCUACGUCAGAGCACUUCUCCCUGCUGUCCGGCAGCUGUGCUCCCUCCCGCAUCCCCUCUCCAGCACCGUCGGUGGCUGGCUCUGUGACUUCCAGCUCAGGUUCCUUGCGGUACCGCCGGCCACUCAUCAGCCCUGCCCGCCUGAACCUGAAAGGACAGAAGCUGCUGCUUUUCCCAUCUCAGAAUGAGGCUCUGCUCACCCCAACUAGCUCAGAGGAGCACACCCACUCAGACAGCAACAUCUUUGCCACCGAGUUGUCCUCCUUUCCAAAGAAGAACCUCAGCGAGCGGGGAAUGCAUGAUAUGAGAUCUGCUAUGGAAGGCGGGAGUAUUUGCAGUGAUAAUUCCAUCAAAAAGGAGGAUCGCUCCUCACACUCAUCUACCUGUGUGGUAGACACAACUACCAAAGGGGAAGAUUUGGCAGGCUGGAGAGGUCAUUUUGGUAACUCCGCUCUCCGAGGUCUGCUAGCCGUGAGUCUGACUCUCAAUGCAAUCUUCACGUCAGCCUAUGUCUACCGGAGCCUGCGUUGAUUUGUGCCAACACUCCCUUUCUUUCUGGUUCCACCUGCUUCUGAGGAGACAAGAAGAAUUCAACCACGGCUUCAUGUCUAGUGGCCGUGCCACUGGUGCAUGCUGUUUUUUAAAAAAACUACUGUAUGCUCAGCUGUCAUGACAAGGAACCCGGGUAGCUGCUGCCAUCACUUCCAGGUAGAACAUAUCACAGGAUUGUCCCUGGAGGUGGCAGGCGGAAUUCCCAGAAAGCUCCAGUUCGAAGCAGGAGGCCAGUCAAAUGGCCCACGCGCUUUCUUUCAAAGGAACUGACCUGAGACACAAGCCUGAAAAUGUGUAAGCUACGUUUUUAGGAACCUAUCCCCAGCUCUUCUUCCUGACAUAUCAACCUCAUGCUGAUGGUGCUGGUAAAAUGAGAAUUAGAACAAAUGAGCUGGAGAAGAGGGAUGGCUUUGUAGCUGGUGCUGGGCUUUGGCUACUGUAACGGCAUUCCCAGCCUCUUUGCCCAGUGGUUCCUCUUCUCUCUUCCCUUUGGCACUCUCCUCUAAAUUAUCAGUGAAUUUUCUUUAAUUGCCUUAAGCUUGCCUAAGCACCCGGGUGACUUUGGCUGCUCUGUCAUAUUCUUGCAUCUUACAUGUCCCUGUGCUUCCACCUGGGCUGUGCCCUGAGGCCCCUUUCACCAGUUGCCAUUCUGGUCAUGCUGGUUCUCGGAAACUGCUGUCUGUACGUACCUCCAACCAGCACUGUUGCUGUAGGUAUGCACAAACCCCAGAGAGACAUGCUUUGUGAUUUGCAUUAGAAAGAGGAAGCCUGCGCUUUGCUUUAUCCAGGGGGCACUGAUUCUGUUACAAUUAACUCUGUAGUAAGAAAGGAUCCCUAUGUGAUGUGCACCAUAGUCAAAGGGCUUCAGCUCACAACUCUGACUGCUGGUGUUUUCACUGAAGCAGCGAGUGGCAUAGCUUGUUCUUGCUGUAAAUCGCACAAAUCUAUUCUAUUAGAAGAUACAUGAGGAGCUGUCUGUAUGCAUUUAUCCAGAAACCAGAUGCCUCAAUCUGAUACUGGGAUUUGCUAAGUAACCAUUUAAGAUACUUCUUACUUAGUUAAAUGCCAAGGUGCUCUCAGUGAGAAAUGCCAAACCUGCUUCUGGACAACUCAGCCUUCUGGAUAGAUUCUUCUUUUCUAACCCAAAGGAAGUAGCCCUAGAUUUUCAAAAGCAGUUUACAAUUUGGGCACUUCUGCUUUUGGGUGAGUCUUCAGCAUUGCUUAGAAUUCAGGGGCCAUUUAAGAGUAUCGUGCUGAAUACUCCAAAUCAUUUAGUACACCUUAGGGGAAAAAAAAAAAAUCUUGAUCUUUGUUUUGGUUCUUAAAUCCCAAGUGCAGAGAGAAGAUUUACCAAUGUGUCAAGGAUACCUGGUGAAAAGAGAGCCAACUGGCAUUAGCUAUGUAUUUCCUGAAGCAGGACUGACUCUAUUGAGAGUUUUUCUAUUGUCUCUUCCUUUGGGCUCCUUUACCUCAAACUUAUUUUCUCUUUCCCUCACCCCAUUGUCCUGUGUUUACAUCUUGAAUGACAGUGUUAGCUUACUGUGUCUUUUCCUCCCUUUCAGUUCUGCUGCUCUUCCCUCUAUUGUACUCUUGCAUGUGCACAGAAACAAAGUGUGUAUCUGAUAAUUCUCUGCUCUGAACCUGAAAUUCACACCUCGGAGUGAUG